AUGAAUGUAUUGAUACGACUUCAACCUCGAAUUUUUUGUCGCAGUUUCUCAAGUUUCAAAGGUUUAUUUUUGCUGUUUUUCUAUUUUGUUUGAUUUAUUUUCAGAGCUUCCUCGAUGUGAAAUGAUAAAAACCGAGAAAGUUGGUGAGAAAUCAAAUGUCGGACUGAUUACGUUCAACCGUCCUCGACAAUUCAACGCGCUGUGUCUACAAUUAAUCAAGGAGGUUUUUUCUUUAGAAUUUAUGGAAAAUUCAUUGUUUCUUAAGGUUGCUGACACUUUGGAGCAUUUUGAUAACGAUGAGACGGUUGGGGCGACAGUUAUCACUGGAAAUGAGAAGCACUUCAGCGGUAAUAAUAUUCUUUUUUUUCAAUUAAAAAUCAAAAUAUCCCCUAGCCGGAGCCGAUAUCAAAGAAAUGGCUGGAAAAGAGUUUGCCGCAUCGUACAAAAAAGACUUCCUAGUCGAUUGGGAUCGGAUAAGGACUGUUAAAAAGCCGAUUAUUGCCGCUGUCAACGGGUAUUUUUAAAUGGGUAUCUAAAACUUCACAAGGAUUUUUUCAGUUACGCAUUUGGAGGUGGAAAUGAGCUCUCCAUGAUUUGCGAUAUCGUUUAUGCGGGCGAAAAAGCCGUCUUUUCGCAGCCGGAAAUCAAUAUUGGCACGAUUCCAGGUUCCUAGCUUGAAUAAUAAAGUUUGAAUUAUGAUUUAAAAAUUGAAUAAUGGAUAAUCGGCAAGUUUAAUUUCUAAAAAACUAGUGAGGUUAUCUUUCAAAAAAAACGUAAAUAUUUUCUCUCAAGGAGCUGGAGGAACUCAAGGCUGGUCUCGAUUUGGAUCGAAAUCCUGGGCCAUGGAAGUUUGUCUGACAGGUAAUCGGUUCACAGCGCAGGAGGCUCAAAUGGCCGGCAUUGUGAGUCGGGUAGGUUAACAUGAGCAAUGAAUAGCAACAUCGAAGAAUAGUUCAGAUAUUCCCCCCGAAAGAGCUCGUCAGUGAAGCAAUCAAGCUCGGAGAGAAAAUUUCCAGCAAAUCGCCGAUUCUAAUCCAAAUGAUCAAGGUUUUUUGUCGAUGGGGCGAAUUUGGUAAGAAUUAUGAUGAAUUUAGGAAGCUGUCAAAGUGGCCUACGAGACGAAUAUGCAGCAAGGCUUGCAGUAUGAGAGAAGGCUCUUCCAUUCAACUUUUGCUACAGUUAGAAAAAAAAGCAAUACUUUCAAAAAAAAAUUGAAAAUAUUAAGAACGACCAGAAGGAGGGAAUGACGGCGUUCGCACAGAAACGGAAGCCAAAUUGGACCGGAAAUUGA